AUGGAGAACGGUCGGGAGGAGUCUGAUGAUCCGACUCAGCUCAUUCUUCGGCGCAAGGGCUUACGCGAUUUGCAGUCGCUGCAUUUCCCACACAGGGCUACUUUGCGAGUUGUUUCCCUUUCCCACAACGCGCUUGAAGACUUAGGCCCCAUUUCGACACUUGAGUCCCUGGAGGAACUCAAUGUGAAUCACAAUCGCUUGAGCGACCUGAGCCCACUGGCGUCUUGUAACAUGCUCCACGUCUUGCUGGCGGCUAAUAACAGGGUGACCACGGUGGCCGGGCUGGAGGUGCUUCCCCGGUUGACAAGAGUGUCGCUGUACAGCAACUUGCUACCAGACUUGGAUGCCUUGAUCAACGCUUUGGCAGCAUUUGGACGGUUGACCUCGCUUGACCUUGGCGGCAACCCGUGUUUCCAUGAUAUUGCUCACAGACACAGCGUGGUUCGUGCCCUACCGGGCCUGAAGGAGUUGGACGGUGACGUGCUUGCCAGUGUGGACAGGCAGCUGGCCACCGAGUUCUUUGCUUGUGCCGAAGAAGUGGGCCUCGAAAGGCGGCCAGGCAGUUCCUACGGGCUCCGGCCGAAAACCGCUCCCAUCGUCACAGGUGCGCAAUCACAUCGGGAGGCCUCGCAGGCCUCGUCGGCCCGCAACAGGUCCAGCUCGAGGAGACCGAGAUCUCGAAGCAGCUCCAGGCCACGAUCUGGGUCGCCAGAUGUGGGCUCUGAGCCUUCGGCCCCUCCUGCUCCAGUGCUCACGGCUUGCGAGAACUCGUGGGAGGAUGUUGAGAAGUUCCAGGAAUACACCAAGGCUCUGCAGCUCCGUCUGCAGACGAUGCAGGUGGAAUGUGAGAACCUCCAAAAGCAGGUUCAAGGUCUCCGCCGGGAAGCCACAGAACCGAUUCUUGGAACAGCUACUCUACGAGAACGCUUGAGUGAGCUAGAGAAAGCCAACAAGGCGAUGCAUGACACGGCAGCCAAAAGCAGACAGAUGCGCUCGGCGCUGGAGGCACGAGAAGCCGAGCUCGCGCGCAGAAAGCAGGCGCUUGGCCAUCUCGGAAGUGAGCGUCCAGGAACAGCCCGGACACUAGCGAGGCCCGGUACUGCACAAGCAGCCGUUGAGUCGGCGUUAAUCAUUUCGCAGCCGGCGACACUGGAGGGCUACAAAGCACGCUGCAGCGCCCUCAAGCGCGAGGUGGAGUUCGAGCGUGAGCGUACCCUACAGUUGCGGGCAAAGCUGUGCUCCGAAAUCGUGGGUCGAGAGAUCAGCCCGCCUCCAAGCACAAGAAUAUAG